AUGCCUGGGGCUUUCGGUGGUAGCGGAAACGCGACAUUCAACGCCCAAGGAAACACCCCCGGGCGCACUCACGGUGGAGAAAAUUACAACCCGAGAUCCAACACCUCACACUCUCGACGGGGAAACCGACUUCCAAACCGACAUCACCAGUGGAACAACGCCCGACGGGGCCACUCGAGCCGACAGAACGAUAGCUUUUCAGCCAGAGGUUCGGGAUUCUCGGACUACGCAGAGAGGAAAAACCGACAGCAAGCUGGGCAACCCAACGCAAGAUUUGUCAAUCCUUUUCUCCAGGAGCACGUCUCUCCGAACAGGAAUGCUCAGGAGGGGGUAGGAUUGAGUUUUCACACUACCGGUCGGAUGGAGUCCAAUGGUCGCCCUGGGACUGCCCGUAGGGGGAGAGGUGAUGUUAAUUCAAGAGGCCGUGGCAGGGGCACGUUCGGGACCACAUCUGGUGGGCCUUCGUUUGGUGGAAAUUCUUUCGGUAGUGGCCCAUCUAGCAAACCUACUUCUGGUAGAGGCGGCCGAGGUAAUCGCGGAGGAGCUCGGGGUGGUAGAGGAGGCUACCGACAGGGCAGUCCAGCUGCCUCCGGUGGGGGAGAAUCCGAUGUUUCUGGGGACGAAGGUGCCGUGACUCGGUUGGCUGAUGGCGCAGGGUCUCUCAAUGGGGAAAAUCCCUGGGACGAAAAUACGGCUAAAAGUGUUAGAGCUGAGAGGUUUUCUGACAAGAUUCCCACUAUGGCGCUCUUUGAAAGGGUAUGUUGGCACCAAAUUCAAGCUCCAAGCGGAGCCAAUAUUGACGUCGGUACAGAUGAAAAAAGAUCGUGUCAGAGAGAGACGGGAUGCGAUCGCCAAUGGAACUAUCGACGAUCCAGAUGUUCCGAAGAGGCUUGAGGAUGCGCUCGAUUUUGUUGGGACUUGUUUGGACAUGUGUCCGGAAUUCGAACGUGUCGAAAGGAGCGUCCAGCAUAGUGUUGACCCACUGGAAUUGGUAAGAGCUUCUCGUUCUCAAGUUAGGGGUAUGUUAUUGAUUCUCUACAGGAUCCCCUCACCGGUGAGAUUGGCAGGAAUUAUGCUGUCAAGCGGUUUCAUCGACCAGCGGCUGGAAAUGACGCUCAACUUCCUUCGGAUGUUCGACCACCCAAGGUAUUGGUUUCGACACUAGCAUAUCUCGUUUACAACCUAUGCGGUGGGGACGUCCCAUUAUCUAAAACACAUCCUUUCGUGCGUGAUCGUACUCGGGCGAUUCGACAAGAUUUCACCCUGCAGAAUUAUCGGAAAGCAGAAACUGUGCAGUGCCAUGAAAUAAUUGCCCGGUUUCAUAUACUUUCUCUCCACAAACUCGCCAAGGAUACCCCCGAUCAUUUCGUGGCGCAACAGGAGAUCGAACAGCUUCAGAAGACAUUGACAACCCUGAUGGAAUUGUACGAAGAUGCACGGUUGGAUGGUAAUAAUUGCGUUAAUGAAGUAGAGUUCAGGUCCUAUCAAAUUAUCACGCACAUCCGCGAUCCAGACCUCCAACGUCAGGCACAGAGGUGGCCGUCUCAUAUCUUCAGCUCGUUCCCAGUGCAAAUGGCACUCAAGUUCUUUGAUCUUGUCCAGGCGAAUAAUCGAAAACAAACCAAUCUUGGGACUAAGAACACCGAAUCAUGUUUCAAUAAUUUUGGAACAUUCUUCAGAUUAGUCAGGAAUAAGAGAGUGCCAUAUUUGAUGGCAUGUUUACUUGAAACUCAUUUUAGUGAGGUGCGGAAAUAUGCAUUGAAGGCAAUGCGGAGUGUAUACAGAAGGGAUUCCAAGCAGAUUUUGUUGAAAUUUAUUCAAGAAACACUGGCAUACGAGGAUGAGGCCUCCUUAAUGGCGGAUUGCGACAAUUACGGAUUAUCCUAUGCAAUGACUGAUCCGGAUCCCGGACAGGAACCGGAAAGCUAUCUGGUAAUACACAAAGGAAAAGGGCCUUGGGCAGGUAACACUUCAUCUUGAUAUCCGGGGUUACGAAGGUCAAUAGCUGAACGCAGCCUAGAUAAUCCGCCAACUAAACAGUCUUUCCAUGGAUUCGUUGAGGCUAAGCUCAUGGGACGGUCAAUCUCCGAUGUUCUUUGGGAACCUAAGGGGGGAGCGAUGUCGAACGAGACUAAGGCACAAUUAUUGCUCAACCACACUCCCCAUCAGCGUGCACCGGAUCCUAAAGCUCUUGUCCCACAAGCGUCUCCGUUCGCUCCUUCCCAGAAUGUGUUUGGCUCUCAACCACUCCCGGAGCUUCCCAACUCCAGCAGCAAGCCAACCUUUGGUCCUUCGACACCUCCAGGCGUUGCUCAGCCCGCAUUGGGGUCUGCUUCCAUAUCGAGGCCUUUACACCCUGAUGGCAUGCAGAGCUUUGGCAGUCGUGGAUCCGUCACGGAUUCAGCAUUUACCCAAGGUUUCGCCAACCCUCAACCCGUUGCACCCGUGAACCUCGGAUUCAGCGGCUUCAAGAACAAUUCCUCUGUCUUUCGCAAUGCACCGCAGAAGUUCCCCACUACUGGGUCUCUGACCGCCGGAACUAGCCCAUUUGCAGCCAGUUCAGCAGGUCCACCGCAGAAGAAUCCAUUUGGCCCCCCGGCCGUGGGACCUCUGAAAUUUGGUACGGGGACACCGUCUGCGCCAACGCCCGCAACUUCACCGGUGGGAUCUAACUCUGCUGUCAACGAACUGGCAAUACUAGGCUCUCAGUUCCCACCUCAGCCGGAGCCUCCACCGCCAAGCGAUCCACCCGCGCCUGCCCAACCGCCAUUCGGGCCCGCCGCUGUUUCCUCUAGCCCACCAGCUGCCCCAUCCGCUAUAGCUUCGGUGUUUCGACCAACUGCAGACAAUAAGCGGUCUCUAUUUCCACCUGUGGCUCCUCAGCCAUCAGCCCAGUCACCUGCUCUCGACAACUCUCUGUAUUCUCGGCCUUCGGGACCGGCCUCACUCCCAAGCCUUUUCCAAAAGCCUGGGACGCCUUCAUUGUUCGAUUCGAGCUCAGCGCCGGCCUCGGUGAAUGGGGGUUCGGUCUUUGAUAGUCUCCAAAGCUCGUCCCGAUCGUCUCCGGCUUCUUUCACCUUCCCAACAUAUGUUCCGGAUGAUACGGGAGAUGAUGAUGAACUUGCCGACAAUGUGGCUACCCAACCCCAUACAAGCGCACCCUCUAGCAGCGUGUUCGGUAGCCAUCCAUCUGCUACCUCCAUGUCAUCUCAGGCCCGGCCAUUUCCGACAGGUGAUAUUGAUCAAGGGUCGUUAUUUGCUAAUUAUUCGUCCAGUUCCGAGCAAAGCAGUGCCGUUCUCCCCACUUCCAGCCCAGCUCAGCCAUUCGGGGCGGCUGCACCAGAGCUCCCGCAUCCCGUCCCAACAAACAAAAAGCUAUUCCAUUCUCCUGCGAGGAUAACAGAGUUAGCAAAUUCGCUCUUCGAUCAACUCUUGGAAAAGAAAGCCAAGGAAGUGGUUCAAGAUGUUAUGGAGAGCAGCAAAGUGGCACUGGCUGAGUCUAUGGCUAACGAUUUUCUUGAUAUACAAGCAUCGAAAAUUGCUGCAAAUGUGGUCCAAGAAGCCAUAGCCGAGAAUUUUCAACAAAUACGGUUGAAGGAAAAGGUGUUUGUUCCAUGGAGGCGUAUGUCGCGGAGGUUGUGGCUCAAGCGCCUGAGGCAAGAGAGAAUCAAGAACCCCCCCCCACCAAUAUCACCACAAUGGCACCCGGUUCAAUUCCCUGACAAUGGAGCAUCGUCUGCGGAGGUUGUUCUCCAAAUCCACCGGUUCUUUCUCUCUUCACUUCACUGACGCCCCGCCCUUUAGGUAUUCAAAUAUGUCAACCCGAUGUUUAAGGCGCCACCGCUCGUGGAUCUAUUUCAUCCCAAGGCCGAGUAUGCGUUCUGGGCCACUUCGCAAAAGGAGGCGCAUCCGACCUGGCGCCUACUCAUCGUGAACACCAAUCCCGAAGACGCCGGAAGCUUCUGGUGGAGGAAUAAAUUUCUAGGUCAAGGGAUGCCACGGAAAGCGAGUUCCGAUAAGGCGACCUUUGAAGCCCAAUUCACACUCGAGCGGGGUGAAAUGGGCCAACUGAAGGAAAUAGGGGGUCUUAUAUUUGGCUGCUCCGCGUCAUAUAAUGUCUCGAACGAAGAGAGAUUCAAAAGCGAUAGGAAAAACCUCCAUGAUGCGGUUAAAUACAUGUUGGAGAACACUUCGCACCAGAAACUUGCCCUUGCGAUUAUCUGCUAUCGAUCUCCUUUGGAUACGGCCGAUCCCGACCCCUUUGGUAGAUCUGAUAGAACGUCUGGAGAAGGGCGGGAGAAGCGUCUUGCAGCCGUAUGCCCCCCCUUCUUCAAUACCGUAUUUGCGGAUGAAGGAAAUACUGAAUCAUAUAGAUACGGGAGGCCCUGGGCUUGAAUGAGUUUGGCCCGCGAGUCAUUGGGCAAGAAGUUAUAUUGGUGGAGACUUUCGAUGACACGGACUUUACACCGGCGAUGAAGAGGCUCUCCGGAUUGGUAAUAGAGUCGGUCAAUCCAGCGGUGGCAGAGGCUUUGGCGCCGAAGACUUCUUUGAAACGGAAGCGCACCCCCCAUCCACCAAUGUUCGCCAACCUCGCUGUUCCGCCCCCGCUCGAUCGAGCCCCGAAGAACGAGAAGGGUGAUGGGUUGACUCGCCUUAAGAGAAGGAAGUCAACACCACCCGAUCGGCGCAUCACAACUGGGAGUAGGCAGAUGAACUGUAUUGACUAUCGGGCCCAAAAGUUGGACUGGAGGAAGUCUACCGGAGGAGCUCUACCUAACGGCGUCAAAAACCCUGUGGGGGAAGAAAUAUUAGUUACGACACGUACUCCAAUCCAGCCUGCUUCGGAAUCAAAGAGGUCUUCGCCCAUAGCAUCUCUCAGCGCAGAAAUCGAGGAUGUGAUGAAUAUCACGAGGGAACUCGACCGAAGCUUCGAUGUCAUUGCGGAGGAUUUUAGGGAAUUGACGCAUGAGUGGAUGCAUGCGGGAAGCCGUUAGGUACUAUUUCUCGAUGUUAGCGUCUGCAUUUGGUGCGUUAAAGCUGGCGGGUUUCUCAUGUUUCUCCUUUCUUGUUGGUACUGGCUCAGUCUUCGAUUUUUUCUUUUCCUUUUUCUCGCGUUCUAGUUGGGCCGGUAUAUAGUAUUACGAUAAUUUCCUAGUUCUCGGAUUGUAAGUAGCACUGGCAUUACUUGGGAAAGACCUUGGGGGUGGGUGAGGGGGGGCUUCCUUUGUAUUAUAGUAUCUCUUUGGCGAAAGGGGCUUGGGAUGUGGUUCGAGCGGUAAAUUUGUUUCAUUGCUUCACGUUCGCUUUUAUAGAGCAUUUUUCUUCUCCCAUUCUUGUAUAAAAUAUCGGUAAGCACGAAGGUGUAAGACGUCGGACACAAGGGCUGUUUAACUUGUUAUAUUAUACACUACGGUCGAGAAGCAUCUUAUAUGUUAUGGUGCGGCCCUAUUUCGAGGAUAAAGUUGUUUAUUUCCCCGUGAUUAUGCCCCGCGCCGUGGUGUAUCAUACUCGUACUGUGAGGGUGAAAAAUGUGUUUGCUUUGUUUUCCUUUUUUUUCUCUUGAGCUCUGGGUUUUGUAUUGGUGAAUUAGGUUUGUUUGAGCUAUUGGGGUUUGGUUGCAACUGGCCAUGGUGGUGUGCUGUGGACCAGAGAGGACCUAAAGGGAUUUUUUUCCUUCCUCCCUCUUCAGACAAAAGGUAAACCCAAUGAAGAACUUGAAGCUGUGGAGAAGAACUUGUGGAGAAAACAAGCGAGAUGAAGUCAACAAUGAACACAAAAGCCUGUACCUACAUCUGAUAAUUCUUCUUUGGUUGUUCUUUCAUUUCUUUACAUCAAUCGAUCUGUACGGACCUAAUUUCGGAACUGCUUUCCUUGUGUGAGGUAUAGAUUACCUGUUUGGUUUUGCAAGUGAGUGAAGCUUACCCGAUCUGUGUGUUUGGUUUCCCGGCCCCGAUCUGUCCCUUUCAGUACUGUGCGGGCGUAGCACAACCGACAGUGCGAGCCCGGUUAUGGUGGUAUAUAUCAUAUCAUAGCGGUGAUUUGGCGGAAUCAAAGGUGUUGAGCUAGAGUGCCGCUACUUCGCCAGUACUAGUAGCUGCAACAUUUUGUACCGCAAGGCACGAUACAAACCGUGUCGAGUACGGUAUCAUACCGGUACGAGCACUUGUACUGUACUAGGGGGAUUCAAAGCUCUCGGUACACUGAAGGUACAGAUGUUUCAGUAGGUGUAUUCUUCGGAAAACACGGUACUUUACAGUGCACAGCAGAACCUGCUCGGGAGGAGGGAUGCAGCAUGCUAGUACGAGUACUUGGUCUGUCACACUACUAGUAGCAACUA